AUGUCCCAGUCAUCAUCGACGCCGGGAGAGCUCGAGAUUAAGGCUCAGCAGAAGGCGGAAAAUGAUAUGUCUGCUGCAGAGACACAGAGCUCAGCUCUAGAUGCCGCAAUCAGCGCUGUUGAGAGUUACCUGGGCGCCCUCAAGUUGGCUAGUUCUCCCAGUGAGAGACAACGACUGGAUGCCAAAUGCAAGGAGCUCCUUAGAAUGGCCGAAGAAAUUAAAAGGUCCAAAUCGUGGUGUCAAGACCAGUCGCGCGCCAACAACGGCAGCAGUGCCACCACCAGUGCCAAUGCCAGUGCCGGUGCCAGCAAGAGGAAGAUCAGUAGUGUGAAGCCCAAACUUCGAGAGCCAGUCUCGCAACGGCAGCUGUCGAAUAGAGAGCAGAUCAUUCUGCUGGAAGACUCGAAGCUCAAUGGAUUUGUCUUCCCUCCAUGGCAGAGUGUGCCUGACCCAAGUGAAUUCGAAUUAGAUGAAAGUGGUCAGCUAUUUACGGACCAAUAUGAUCUCCGACUCUCAAAUUUGCAGCUACAGCAUUAUAACGGCUGGAAACGCGCUUCAGAAAUGUCAGCCGCUAAAGUGCCAUUGGAUCGUCGGGGGAGCCCCAACCAGCCGUUGGGAGACGCGAAGUCUAUUGAUCUAGUACAAGACGUUACGACGGAUUGCUCAGUUGUUGCUAGUCUUUGUGCUGUGAUCUCACAGGUGGAAAGAGGAUAUUCGAAGGUUUACGCCAUAAAGUUUUAUCCGUCAGAGAAGGAAACCUUGCGCCCAAAGCCGUCAAAGUCCGGGAAGUAUAUAUUCCGGAUGCACUUCAAUGGAUGUUAUCGAAAGGUUGUAGUUGAUAACCGCCUUCCCUCAUCCAAAACCUCAAGGUUCCUUCAUGUCACUGACAGGAAUGACCCUGAGCUCCUAUGGCCGGCACUGGUUGAGAAGGCGUAUUUAAAACUUAGGGGAGGCUACGAUUUCCCAGGAAGUAAUUCUGGUACCGAUCUAUGGAUUCUGACUGGUUGGAUCCCGGAGCAAAUAUUUCUCCAUGAAGAGGAUAUGAUCCCUGGGCAACUUUGGACACGACUGUUCAAUGCAUUCAACUAUGGCGAUGUAUUAAUCACUGCUGGCACCGGAGCGUUUACUGAGCUGGAAGAAAAGGAACUCGGCAUAAUCGGCAUGCAUGACUAUGCAAUUCUUGACAUGAAGGAAAACAAUGGCCGUCGCCAGUUCCUCGUAAAGAAUCCUUGGGCAGCAGGUACCGUUUGGGAAGGAAUUGGACAGUCCGAGCCCCCUGCUGCAGGGGAGUGUGACAACAACAACAACAACAACAACUACAAUGGGAGGCAGAGGCGCAAUUAUCCCAUGUCUCCCGGAACAUUCUGGACAGACUGUGAUAAAUUACUUCAGAAUUUCGAAUGCCUAUAUUUAAACUGGAAUCCGGUCCUCUUCUCCUUUCGCCAGGAUAUCUAUUUUACCUGGGAUCUUUAUGCUGGUAGAUCGGGUCCCGGCUGCUUCGAGAGAAACCCACAGUUUUCUGUAAGUUCCAAGUCAGGUGGUUCUGUCUGGCUUUUAUUGAGUCAGCAUUUCGCGACCGAUGAUUAUCUCCUCUUCAGACACCAAUUUGGUGACAUAUUGAAGGGGAAGGUUGAGCAUGGUUUUACUAGCCUCUGGGUUUUCAAUAAUGACGGCCAGAAGGUUUCCUUAAGUGAGGGUGUUCUCCAUCGCGCUCCCUUUGUCGAUUCGCCCAACACCCUAAUGAGAUUUGAGAUGCCCCCCAACAAUACCUAUACUGUAGUGGUUGCAGAGCAGUCUCUGCGGAGGGCAACCCGUAACUUUUCUCUAUCUGGUUUCUCAACCGGUUCGUUGACCAUAUCACGCGCUUCUGACAAAUACAUACAUGUUCAGUCCCUAGAGACUGCUUGGACAAAAUCAACAGCCGGAGGCAACUUGGAGUCAGGGCGAUACCCAACAAAUCCUCAAUUUAAGAUCGAGACCAUAGACACAUGUGACAUUGCUGUGUUGCUAGAGACGCGGGAUCCCGAACUUGCUACGCACGUCAAGGUAGUGUGGUCAGGAGGCAAGCGUGUGUCCACCGUCAAGUCUCGGGACGUUGCCUUUGCCAGCGGAGAUUAUCGCCGUGGUAGCUCUCUGGCUGAAUACGUUCACUUGCCCAAAGGAUCAUACACCGCUGUCUGCUCAACGUUUGCUCCCGACCAGGUCGGGAAGUUUACGUUGUGGGUUAAAUCGACAAAGGAAUGUGCGGUGUCGCUCUUACCACCGGAAGGAGCAGGACGUUUAAGUACCCUGUCCAACGUCGGCGAAUUUCCACCGGGCACGGAGAGGAUUCUUGCACCCAUUACUUCAUCGCGGCUAACCAAGGCUAAGGCGAUCGCCAGGUUCAAGGGCUCAUGGAUAGGAUCUCGGAUUGUGGCGCCUUCUCCGAUUCUGAUGUCUAUUGAACUUGGCCAGGGCCCCUAUAAGAAGGUAUUUGAAUUCUCUAACGAUGGGCAUUUUAAUGAUGCCGCCUCUGGGGUACGGAUCGAGGAUUUUGAUAUACAGCCCCUUUUCAACCAACUGGGGGGACUGUGGCUUGUUGUGGAACGCGUUGGGGGUCCUGAGGGUGAAGUCUAUGACACUCUUCAGGUGGAGAUUUUGUCGGAGGAUCGGAUUGAGAUUGGCGCAUGGGGAGUUGGUGGAGGUUGA